ACUAUCAACCAGUGGAGAGAAGUAGACACUCCACAGUAAAGGUAGGAGACUACCUAUAUAUGUGGGGUGGGUACGGGUCUAGAGUAGACUAUGAUGUGAUGGAGGUGUAUCACUUACCAACUGGUGCUUGGGACCAGAAACCUACUACUGGUACCCCACCACCAGGUACCAGGGGCUAUUCAUCUGUUGCUAUUGGGAAGGACAUAUAUUAUUUUGGUGGAAAAGGUGGUCGUGGUUAUGAAAACAGCUUACAUUGUUUCAAUGUGGAUUCAUUCAAGUGGAGGGAACUCUCUCCUUCUAGUUCUGAUCGCGAUCCAAUGAAGAAGGCCUACUGUGGAAUGAUAUCAGCUAAUUUUGAUGGUGAAGACUAUCUUGUAGUAAUUGGAGGAAGGAGCUACUCUUAUAUCAAUACUCCAAAGCAACCUGAUGCUCAGUAUUCAGCUAGUGGUAGAUGUAAUGAGAUACAUUAUUACAGGAUUUCAUCAGAUCAAUGGAUAUCUCCUGUUGUUACUGGAGACAGACCACCUCCUAUUGAGGACUUCACUCUAACACCAGUUACUAAUAACACUGCGGUAAUGUUCGGAGGCUAUACUGAUAAUGGAGUCAUUAAUAAACUGUAUAUGAUAAGUUUCACUAAGACAUCAGUGGAUAUAUUAGAAGUACCUAAUCCUGAAGGAUCAGUACAAUGGCCUAAGGGAAGAUAUGGUCAUUCCAGUAUUAAUCUACCACACAAUGUCACUAACAGAUAUGAUCAUUCUCUCUCAGUGUGGAACUCUAGUGUCAUUAUAGCUGGACAGAAGCUCUUUAUCCUACAAGAAGACAGGUCUCACUCACUCCAGUGGGAAAAAUAUGGAUUGAGAUUAGAGUGUCCUGAAGGAGCAGUGUCCAAGGAUACUGAAGUAGCUGUUACUGCACUAGCUGGUGGUAAUUUCAAGGUACCCAAAGGUACUGUGCUAGUGAGUGCAGUAUAUGCAAUAUCAGUAUCUAAGGGACUAUUAAAACCACUGGUAAUAGAGCUACAACAUUGUGUGGAUCUAAGGAAGACUAGUCAGACUGGUUGCCUCAAGUUUGUGAGAGCUCCACUGAAGUCUCCUUACCAGUUGAGUAUAGUUGAAGGAGGAUGUUUUAGAGUUGGGAAAAGAUACGGAUCAAUAAAGCGUGAGCAGAUCAACUGA